CACAGCAGCGACGGUUGGUGUACGCAUCAUGGCUUCCUCGCACGUUCUCCUCGCAGCUCUCCUUAUCAUCUCGGUUGCCUCCGCCGUUGCCAUCCCGAACGCUCUUGGGUUCGAGUGCAAAGAGGAAGGCCGCUUCCCCAACCCUUCAGACUGCACGUCCUUCUUCACGUGCGUGCAGGACAACGACGGGGACUUCGUAUCCUCCAAAGGAUCCUGCAAAGGAAAUGCCUUCGAUCCUGAGCGACGAAUCUGCGUUUCCCCUGAAAAAGUUCCCGGGUGUUCACCCCGUGACUCAAGGCAGCUAAUCUCUGAUCCUCGUUACGACGCUCAAUGUAACGAGGACUCGUUCAUUUGCGUCGACUGCAAGACGGUCAUCAACUGCGUCGGCGGCAAGGCAUUCGUUGACUCCACUUGCACCUCUGGCUUCACGUGUCAGACACCAGCCCCCUUUGCAGGCCAGGCCACUUGUUACAACACCAAAACUGAGGGCAAUGGGUGCCAAUGCCUAGAGGCCGAUCGUUUCAAGAGAGAUCCGUACAAUCCUAAUGGAUUCUAUUUCUGUCCGCUAGUCGAUAGUGAUCCCAUGGUGCACCAUUGCCCUGGUGAAAUGACCUUCGAUGAAACCAUGUCCGACUGCGCCAAUGCUGAUGGUAUCCCAGCAUGCUCGAAAAGCGGAGUUUUUUCAAACCCGUCCAACUGCACCCAGUACUACACAUGUAUCCAAACUUCCGCUGGUUGGGUACAGAAAACCUUUUCUUGUGAGGUAGAUUUGAUGUACAACGACAACACCAAGGAAUGUUCAGACCCUUGCGAUUGGCCAAAAUUGACUUUCGAUUGCACCGAAGAAGGAAGGUUUGCUGACCCAGCCAACUGUGGUAACUUCUAUCUGUGUAUCGCUGACCCUGCAAAUGAAGGUGAAUUCAUCAAGUCAUCAAGGCGAUGUCCUUUGGAUUACAUUUGGGAUCCUAGCGCGGCGAAUGGCGCCGGCCAUUGCGCUUCACCUACCGACCCUGCCACCACCAAGUGCACGCCAGUCGUCGAGAGCACCUGUGCCAUCCCUGACACAUGUGAAGGCAGCUCCACCUCGUCCACCGCAGGUUCUCCCUCCAACCGCUUGGCAUUCCGCCGCCAAACACCGAGCACUGAUUUCGUAAUAGACCCCGUCCAAAACGUCAUUGAUAUCCUGCAGGCGGCAAAUGUAUAAUUGCAGAAAUGCUUAAAGCCCGAGCUCAUUUUGAGAUGUGCAAUCAGUGCCAAGCGUCCUCGGGCACUCAACUCGUAAAAGGCCUGUUUCGUUAAAAAUUAGUUGUCAUCGCUAGUAAUGUUGAAGAUUAUUUAUGUUGUUGAUUUUUUAAUAUUUAAUAAAUUUGUUUCCAAAA